ACUUCCGUAAAAUCUGUCUAACAUGGGCCUAGGCGAACCUGGUUGUUGUUAUAAUCAUCGUUGUAUUUGAUGUAGAAAAAAAAUCAUCGGUGCAACAUAAGUGUUGUUUAAAUCCACAGAAAAACCACUAAAUGUCUACGAUUCCGUCUUCCCAAGUGAACCAAACCAUGGAAAACGUUGAUGAAACAACAGCAAGGGGAAGCGCUGAAAACAACAAUGAUAAUCCAAAGGUGGUUUCAAAUUCGGAACCCGAAAAGUCGAAAGGAGCAGAAUUUGUGUGGACCCUGCAAGCCACCUGGCAGUUGGCCCGCACGCGAUUGGCCAUGGACACCGAUUUUGACCAGCCGGUCUGUAAGAAGAAGAAGCUGUGGGAGACCGUAGCUGAGAGGGUUACGGCCAACCUCAGGUCCGCCGGGAAUCAAGACGUUAUCGUCAAGGCUUACGAAUGUGACUUAAAAUGGAGAAACAUGCUGGCGACGUACAGGAAGAACGCGGAAAGAGCGAAGAGGCUGGGCGCGCAGAGCGUGCACUGGGAGUUCUUCCAGACCAUGCACAGCGUCCUGGGGAAAAGCCGAGAGGACCUAGCGGCACAGAAGAAACUCAACGGCGGCAAACUGGGCAGAGCUCUACCGGCUAAAAAAUUCACUCCGAUCCUUCCGACUCCGACGUUGCCGUCUGCUCCCUACUCAUCUCGGCCUCCCCAGGACGUGUUGCAGCUGUACUUGGAGCUACAGGAGAGGAAGAUGAAUCUCUGGGCGCAGCAAAAAGCUUUAGAGGAGAGGAAGAUCGAAGCAAUCAAUAACUUGGCCAGAGCCAUCUCCAACCUGGCCGAGGAAAACCACGCCCAGCUGCCGAACGAGAGCAGCGGCUAGAUAAGCGCGUGGCUGAAAAGUGCUGGUGUGUCCCUCUGUAAAUAUUUGCGCGUUUUGAGCAGGAACUCAAUCAAGGACACGCUGUUUUUUUUUCUUCUUUAUUUCUUUCUUUUAAUAAAAAAUUGAAA